AUGAACACGACAACGUCGGGCGAGGUUCGCCUGGCGAUUAUCUGGAGCACUCCAGCAGAACGUUUGCUACAUGAAACCUCGAUAUCAUCUACAGCAACCGUGCUCGAGCUCAAGGAGCAGCUUUACAAGACACUAGUUGGCAGACCGCAUGCCUCUGGCCAAAUUCUGGCACAUCUAGGACGAACUUUGGAGAACUCAGAGAUCAUUGGUCAUAUAUGCAAUGUCCCAAAGGUGGAGGUUUAUACAUUAUAUAUGACAAUCCAGCCACAUGCAUGGGGAGAAAAACCACCGCAAGGAAGUCAACCAGCUGCAUCAAAUCCUCCGGCUAUGGCCCUCCAUCCGCACCAGCUCAUUAGCCCUGGCGAUGUCAGGGCCCGCGUCGAACCCAGAAACGAGCGAAAUCCUCUCUCGUAUAUUCAUUGGCUUCAUUAUAACGCUAUCAGGGCGCUCCUGGGGUAUCAAGCUUACUCCAUACCAAAUCCCCUCGGGCGACCAAUGGAGGCUCACAAGCAGGACGCGAUGAAUUUCUAUGCAUGGUCGAACGUCAAAUGGCCGAUAGUAUUUUCUCGCGAGCAAGAAUUGUUUACUACGCCGCGAGAGUAUGGGGAGGGGGUUCAGUACAGCGAUUUCGACGGAAGCACAAGACCGAUAAUGCGACUACAAGCAAACUCGCCCGCCCCGACAGCACUGCAAAAGCUCGCGCUAGAGAUCAUGUCGUAUACAUACCCCUUGCUCUCCGUUGAGCUCUCACCGGCCCAACUGGAAUCUUUAAACCCGCGACACAGAAUACGAAAAGCGAAAAUGGACGCGUAUUUGCAGGCCGUCAAUCAUGCAUGGGCGAACAACCUUCCAGUUCCCGCCCCUCCUCAGCUUGAUGACCGCCCCGCUCCCGGAGCUGCAGCGAAUCGGCAGGUUAUUGUGAGGGUUGGAGUUGACACCGUUCUUUUGGUCGUCCGAGCUUCGCUGGUGUACUGGGUGUUCCGACCUUUUACCAGAACAUUGACCGGUUGCGCUUACGUGGCUUGGAUCCUAUACGAACUGUGGCAAUUAUGGGCCCGACCAGCACCUCCGGGCAAUGAAGGUGGUCGACCUCGUCAAGGUGGAGGCGCGAAUGCCAAUGGAGGCAACCCGGGGGGUGGAGUCGCUCCUGCUGUCGGUGGUCCUGCUGCUGCCGCUCAACCACCAAACAACGCGGGAAAUGGGGGAAACAACAAUAACAACCAAGCUGUUAUUCCCGCUGGAGGCGCCAAUGGACAACAUGGUGCCAAUGGACAUCCUGCUCCGGCAAACGGUGCAGCCGGACAACAGGAUGUCCAGAAUCAAGCAAAUCUAUGGCAGCGUUACGCUCGACUGGGGCUGGCAAAAGAGGCAGAUGCAGCCUUUGGAGUACAUGUAGAGCGAACCAAUGGACAGCAGGCGGAGAGACAAGACACUUCCGCAAGUGCAGCUGGCACCUCGCAAUCAUCAUCGUCAACAACCUACGAACGACGGUUCAUUCGUCUCGGAUUUGCCCAUCGCUGUUGGAUGUUCAUCACGAUGCUGAUCCUGACAAUUCACCCACGAUACUGGACAGAGCGACAACAAGUUCUUCGGGAGCGAGAAAGAGAGCUGCGUGUAAAGUACGGGCCACUCAGAGACGAUGGACAAGAGGAGGGUCAGGCAAAUGGCUCGGACAACGGCCCGCGGGCGCUCACAAACGGCCAAACACUGAACGGAGCGCCUGCAAAUGCGGAAAAGGCGGAACCACCGCCGCGAACACCGCCAGGUUGGUUUGGCAAGAGACUUCUCUCCGAGCGCAUUCCAGGAUGGUUCGACUACUACUUGGACUACAAGGCGCUCAAAAAGAUCGUUUCCUCUGUGCACACCGCGGAUCAGAGUACCGUGGAUGUCUCGACUCAGUCCCAGGUUGGACUCUCCUUGAAACCGUCUGAUAUGCUCCAGGCCACGACCGGCGUCGUCCAGCCUCUCUGGGAGCCCUCUACGCCUUUGGACGGCAUGUCCUCAACGCUCUCGACGACACUCGCAGCAAAUACAUCUCUCGACCUUCAUCGCAGUCCAGACUUUCAAAUGAAAAAGGCUGCAUUCUUUUUCAAGCUUCAACGAGAGCUCGACAAGGCAUGCCCUCAGACGCACCGUCAUGCAUAUUCAGAGCUCAAGUUGAGGAUGAUUACGCUGCUUUCAAAGCGGCAAGCCGCCAUCAACCGAAUUCCCCCAGACUCUGUCGACUUGGAGUCUAUCAAAGAUCACGUCGAAUGGAAAGCCGUCAUCGAGGGAUUUACUCUCCUCCAAAAUGACCUGUUGAAACUUCAGCAAUUUGUAGAUAUUAACGGCAUAGGAUUCCGCAAGAUUCUCAAGAAAUGGGACAAGAGAUCCAAGUCCGCGACCAAGGAACUCUAUCUUGUAAGGCAGGUCGAGGUCCAGCCAGUCUUCAAUAGACAGCUCAUUACAGAAUUCUCGGACACUGUAACGGCGUGUCUACUAAACUUGACGGACGCAGAUGUGCCAAUCAGCGAAACUCUGCAAAGCGAACUGUCUCUCCACGAUUCGGUUCUCAACGCUCAGCUUUCACGGGAGCCUCUCACCAGGAGUAGAGCCUUCGUGGAUUUGGAGAACAUGGUUCGGUCUGCAGUAGCCAACAACGACGUAGAGGCCACGCGGCAAGCACUGAUUGCAGCGAAUGACCUUGUUACCGCACCAGACGGUCAGACCUUUGUCGCGCGGAUAUUGUGGAAGUCGGCAAUAGAUGCAGAACCAGAGCUGGCCGAUCUUAUACUUGAUUCCCCGACAACACCAUGCGACUUCAAGUUUGUGGAUGACAUCAACGGGAGGACCUGCAUGCACGAGGCGGCUUCAGCCGGUGCGCUCCGCCUCAUCAACCUCUGCAUCAGCAAAGGCGUAGAGGUGAACAGGCGUGAUUCUUACGGGCGUACCGCGCUACAUUAUGGAGUGAUUGGUGGCCAUACCGACUGUGUGCGCCAGCUUUUAGCUGCGAAGGCGGACCCGCUGGUCCUUGACAUGGAUGACUACUCUCCACUAUACUAUGCCGUCGUCUACGGUCACUUAGACUGCGUUCGAGCACUGCUGGAAUUCGGGGCAGAGGAUGGGCUUCACGCCCACGAUGUAAACCUACUGUCGUUUGCAUGUCAGUACGGUCAUGUCGAAAUCGCCAUCCUCCUCCUUGGAAAGGGCGCGAAACAAAUCCCAAACACGAAUGGGGAGUAUCCCAUCCACCUUGCAGCAGCAGCUGGACACGAUGGAAUCUGCAAACUUCUAGUAGAGAGAGCAAAGGAGACUAUCGACAUACCAGACAAGUUCAACGAAUGGACGCCACUCUUCCAUGCGGCCCAUAAGGGUCGUACGGCUGUCGUAAAGACGCUGAUCGAUGCCGGCUGUAAUCCACAAGCCGUCGACGAGACGGGUAAGACCGCCAUCUUUUAUGCUGGAUGGUAUGGACAUGUAGAGAGUGUCUCCUUGCUCCUACAAACGACGCAGGAAAGCAUCGUUGCCACCGCUGCCCCUUCUGUACCACAGUCUCAGCUUCCCGAAACUAGCGAGCAUAAGCCUCGACUAGAAGCCGAGCUCGCGGAUAUGGAUACCGACCUUAUUCCUUCGCUUGCGCUCCCGCCACCAAUCAUGCCAUUCCGAAUCUAUGGUCACAACUAUCUCGAUAAGCAAUAUCUCGUUCAGAUCACCCUCGGUCAACCAUAUUCGCGCUUCUCUGCAGGGGCUCACGAAUCUCCUGUAGAGAUAACCGCCUGGUCCUGGGACCAACCUAUUGGAACACCACACCCUCGGCCACAAUCGCUUCUCAAGAUGGUCAUGACCUCGAGAGCGGAAAACACUGCUGUGCCCGUCAGUCUCACAAUCCCGCUCUCAGAAGAUAGAGAUGUCAUUACGUUCCAAGUUCAAGAUUUGUCCGAACUCUCUCUCGAGUUUUCCUUCUAUCCAAAGUUUGGCUCGAAGACGAUCGGCCGUGCCGCCGUCUUGCCUUCGGUAUUCAAGGACCUUAAAGACAGCAAGAUAAUCUCCCUGGCAAUUCUGGACCACAGAUUACAUAUCAUUGGUCGCGUCAUCUUCGAGGCAUGCAUAAUUCGACCAUUCGGCGGAGUGACGCUUCAACCCGGGGGCGCCUUGGAGACCUACUGGAAAUCUUCCAGCCAAUUCUCGUCGAAGGUCGACCAUGUCGUAUCUUCGCCUUCCGCAUUGGAUUCUACGCAUACAUCGCCUUCGAAUCAUUCUAUUCUCAAUCCUUCAGGCUCUGUUAUGAUCUCUUCCCUUUCUAAUGACUUUAUCACCUUCGUUGUACAAGGCACUCGGGAUCUUGUCCCGGUCGUUCACUCCGAGUGGAAUCUUCCCGUCGAGGGACUUAGCAUAGGAGUGUCAGACGUGACUUCGGAUCAGUUUACUGCGAUCGCCAAACGCCAAGGGAGAUCGCUAGAUCCUUCGUCCGUCCGAACGCCUAUGACCACUCAGCAGUGGGCUGACCUGGUCAGCAAGACCAUGACAACACUUGAAGAUGUGUUUUCCGUGCUACCUCCGGACAUUGGCGUCAAUAUCCAUGUGGCUUACCCGAAUCGCGCAAUUCGUGAUUCCUACAGCCUCGGGCAUUGCCUCGAUCUGAACUCGUAUGUUGAAUCGAUAUUGAUGGUCAUCUAUCGCGCAGCCUCCGUUUAUCCUCGACGUCGGCUCUCAUUCCUAUCCUUCUCGCCAUCAGUAUGCACCGCACUCAACUGGAAACAGCCGAACUAUCCUGUCUUCUUUGCCUCGCAUUGUGGACUUCUUGAGAAGGAGCGGGCCAAGUGGCGGCCUCCACGACCCGAACCUGAGACGGAUAGGAGAUGCAGCAGCGUAGCCGCGGCGGUGGAGUUUGCACACACUAAUAAUCUUCUCGGCGUAUUCCUCAACGCGGGCUUGCUUACUCAGGUUCCUGCGCUCAUUCAGGCUGUCAAGGAUGCAAACCUUUUGUUAGGGGCAUUCGGUACCGUCGAAACGGUCACGACCCUCCAAAACGCCCCCGGUCAUCCUUUGGGCCGGCCAGAUGCGACGUGGGCAGGUGGAGUGAUUCGAUUUGUGGAUAAUACCAACCUUGCGGUCCUGUGA